UCAAGAUACUAUACACUCACAGUUCAAUGAAAUACCGACGCAGGCAAAUUGGACCCCGACCAACCCAGCACACAACAAACUUAGCCACCUUACUUCAACCCUCACCCACUGAAUACACCUACAACCUUCUCGGCCCGCGCCUUCCACGCCCAGCAACACCACCAGCACCAUCAUCACCCUGCACCCCCUCUCCAAGCAUCCUCGGCACCAGCACAUUACUACUAUUCAACGCCACCGACCCCCUAUCCUGAGACCCCAAAACCCGCGACUGCCAUCUCAAACGAUGAUAUCUUCUCCUCCUCCGAUUCGCAUAAUCAUGCACCCCCAGUCCCAAAUCGAACCCCGGAACCCCAUCUUCCACUUUCACCUCCACCUCCACCUCCACCAGCAGCAGGACUACCUUCAUCAUAAUCGAGUCUCAUCUCAUCCUCAUCAGCAUCAGCAUCAUAAUGAUCAUGAAAUGAACGAUCAACAACCUGCGAAAAACUCUCAGCCUCAGUCUCAGUGAUCAUUCCCACCGGAUCGUGGAGGGUCCCAGCAACAAUAUUACUAUUGAUGUUCUCUUUAUCUGAGUCCCAGUCUUGGUGAUAGGCACGUACUUCUUGGUUAUUAUUAUGGUUGUUGGUGUAGGGAUAAUGAAGGUACCCGGGUAGCAUUGAAGCUACUCGGUUUGGGCGUGGAGAGAAGGAUAGUAGACCCCCUCUGUCUGGGAUGAUGAUGUCUUCGAAGAUGGUGAAGUCGAGAUUGCUGUUGUUAUUGUGGUUGUUGUUGUUGCUAGGU